AAGAAAACUAAAGUUAUUAUCAUAAAGAGUAUAUAAAUAUAAACUACUCUCUUUGAUUUUCAAUAUUUGAAAAUUACAGAAGGGAUCUUGGAUCUAAAUUAGUAGUAGAAAAUGGAAUUUUAACAGGGUUAUAAAUGAACCAUAAACCAAAACUUGUAAUAAGUAUUUUAUAAAAAUAAGCAUUCGUUUGAUUACACUAUUUCCACAAAAUAUAGGUUUUGUAACAAAUUUUAAUAAUGCUUAAAACUUAAUAAAAUAGAUGAGAAAUAGUAAAAAUAAUGUUUAUUGAAAAAUAAGGAUAAUGUUGAUUUAAUUAUAAGGAUAUAUUUUAAGAUGACAAUAAUAAUGGGGCUAAGAAUGAUGAAGAAUUUAAUGGAAAUGGUUGUUAGAACUGAAACAAAUAUAGAAUUAUAUGGAGAAUAAACUGAAGAUAUCAAUUAUUCUAAUGUUAAGUAGAAUAAUAUUAACGUUAAUAUACAUUUAUUGUAUAUUAUUAAGAUAAAAAUUUUUAUCUAUUUAAGUGUCUCAUUUUUGUUCUUUGAUUAAAAUUAAAGUCCAUUUUUAUUAUCAAAUACAACUAUCAUUAUUUUUAAGCUUAAUCACAUUAUUGAAAAAUGUUUUGGAUAUUCAAAAGGAUUAAUUAUAUAUCAUUGA